AUGCUGGAUGGAACCCAAGAUGUCGGGGCCGGAUACCUGUACACUCUGGAAGUCGAUGCGGAGGCAGGCUCGCUCACACUGAAGAAUACAUCAGCCGCUGCAGCCGCUCAUCCAUGGCUCUCUAUCAACCGUGAUGCGGGCGUGGUAUACGCAUCAGGUUGGUCGGAUCCUGUCGACGGGCAUCGCACCUUUAGCUCGUACAACAUCGAAGACGACUUCUCGGUGUCGCUCCUGAACACCGUCGCGUCGUGUGGCACAAAACCUAUCGCCAAUCAUUUCAUUCCCCAAGCUGGAGCCUAUGGCGCUUUUUACGGUGUGGACUUCGUCAAUCCAUGUGGUGAGGUAUGGUCAAUCGGACCAGGGGGUGAGAUUGAGACGAAAAUUCAAUCCCUCCCCUUCAUGAAUGGGUCUACGCUGCACGGCUUUGCGAACACAUCUGACUUGAAGUAUCUCUACAUUAUGAAUCUAGGCGGCAAUAUCAUUCAGUCCUACUCUAUUGACCUAGGGAACGGCACCUUGUCGCCUUUAGCGGACACCUCUCCCAGUGAAAGCGGCGCUGGGCCACGCCACGCUGUGAUUCAUCCACUCGAGACAUAUAUGUAUGUCAUUGACGAGGAAGGUCUACGCGUCGACCAAUUCGCUGUGGAUGCUGCAUCUGGCAUAUUGAGUUAUACGAACAUCUCUUUGGCUGUCACACCCUUCGGACUCAGCCCCGCCAACGCAUCUGACUAUUGGGGUGACGAGAUCGCCCUCUCUUCCGAUUCGAAGACGCUUUAUGUCAGCACGCGGGCCCGCGACGCCUCCCAGGUCGGCUACCUCGCUGGAUGGUCCUUAGACACCAUUGGAAAUAUCGAGUCAUCUCUCUUCGUUAUUCCAACACCCGAAGGGGGCGGCACAAGCAACAUUUUGUCGACUUCGCCCUGGGCGGACGAAAGCAAGGAUAUGUUGAUUUUAACAGACCAGGACACAGGAUUCGUGGCGCUCUAUCAGUUGCAGGAGACGAAUAUGGUUUUGCUGGAUAGAGUGAACAUCACUGGCACGAACUGCUGUUCAGGCUCCGUGUGGCUCGAUUGA